GCAGACGCCGCUGGCCCGCUGGCUCACACUUGGUAGCGCUGCCGAGCAGGCAUGCGAGCCGCGCGCGUCCUCCGGGCGCCCACACCUGUCUGAGCCGCACAGGGCUGCAGCCCGACGGCAGCACUCAGCAUGGCGGGCAUCCCAGGGCUCUUCAUCCUUCUCCUCCUCCUGCUCUGUGUGUUCAGGCAGGCGAGUCCCUACGCCAGUCCGUGGAAACCCACUUGGCCGGCUUACCGCCUCCCUGUAGUCUUGCCUCAGUCUACCUUCAAUUUAGCCAAGCCAGACUUUGAUGCCAAAGCCAAAUUGGAAGUGUCCUCCUCAUGCGGACCCCAGUGUCACAAGGGAACACCACUGCCCACCUACGAAGAGGCCAAACAGUACCUUUCCUAUGAAACCCUCUACGCCAACGGCAGCCGCACCGAGACUCAGGUGGGCAUCUACAUCCUCAGCAAUGGCCAAGGCAGGGCGCAAGGUAGAGACUCCAAGGCCGCGGGCAAAUCCCGCAGGAAAAGGCAGAUUUAUGGCUAUGAUGGCAGGUUUAGCAUCUUCGGAAAGGACUUCCUGCUAAACUACCCCUUCUCUACAUCGGUGAAGCUGUCUACGGGCUGCACCGGCACCCUGGUGGCUGAAAAGCACGUCCUUACGGCCGCGCACUGCAUUCACGAUGGGAAGACCUACGUGAAAGGGACGCAGAAACUCCGAGUGGGCUUCCUGAAGCCCAAGUAUAAAGAUGGCAGUGGAGCAGGCAACAGCUCGAGCUCAGCCAUGCCUGAUAAGAUGAAAUUUCAAUGGAUCCGGGUGAAACGCACCCACGUGCCCAAGGGGUGGAUCAAGGGCAAUGCCAAUGAUAUUGGCAUGGAUUAUGACUACGCCCUUCUGGAACUCAAGAAGCCCCACAAAAGGAAGUUCAUGAAGAUUGGGGUGAGCCCGCCAGCUAAGCAGCUCCCAGGAGGCAGGAUCCACUUCUCCGGUUAUGACAAUGACCGGCCAGGCAAUUUGGUGUACCGCUUCUGUGAUAUCAAGGAUGAGACCUACGACCUUCUCUAUCAGCAGUGUGAUGCCCAGCCUGGGGCCAGUGGUUCGGGAGUCUAUGUGAGGAUGUGGAAGAGGCCACAGCAGAAAUGGGAAAGGAAAAUUAUUGGCAUCUUUUCGGGUCACCAGUGGGUGGACAUGAAUGGCUCUCCACAGGAUUUUAACGUGGCAGUCAGAAUCACUCCUCUUAAAUAUGCACAGAUUUGCUACUGGAUUAAAGGAAACUAUUUGGAUUGCAGGGAGGGCUGAAGCUGCUUCUUCCUGCCAGCCCUCCGGGGGCUUUUGGCACUCAUUGUAGGAGAUGCCAGCUUUUUAUCAUGGACUCUUUUGUGUGUGUGUGUGUGUGUGUGUGUGUGUGUGUGUGAGAGAGAGAGAGAGAGAGAGAGAGAGUCAUAUAAUGCCUUUACCCAGCAUUCUUCAAAUGGCAAAAUGAUUGGCUUUAUUAUUUGAAAACUGUGGUGUGUGUAUAGUGAUUAAACAGUCCAAAGGCAUACUUUUGUAUAGAGAUUUCAAAAUACUGAUGUUUGUGGCAAUAGGGGAUAUUUGACAAUUAAGUUAAACUUUCAGGUUUUUUUUGACAACUUGAUUCUUGUCUGAUCCAAACUUGCAUAAAAAGGUUUAUAAAAAGGUUUAUAUUAAAUAUGUGACAUAAGGAGGAUAUCAGUUCUUUUGUUUGUAUAUGAAUGUGUUUUCUUCUGAGAGUCAUAUAUUGUUAUUUUUGUAAUGUGUGGUUAUACUGCAUCUGGAUGGCAACAUCAUAGCACUUCAAUAGGCAAUUGUAAUAUUUGGAUUCAACAUUUACAUAGUAGUCCUUGAAGAGAAGCAAUAAUUUAUUGGCUAUAUUGAUACACCUAUAAAACGGUAUCUUACAGUGAACAGAGUUUUCAUGCUGCUUUUUAGUCUUGAAAAUAAAACUUCCUCUCCCAAAA